UGGGCAGGUUUCAUGAAAAUUCCAUUUGAAUAAUUUAUGUUAGGAAUAUUUGGCAAAUUACGUCAGAGAACGUUGAAAUGUGACUCGGAACUUUUUGUUACUGAAACAACAUUGUGGGUCUAUCAUAAAUGGUCUCCCCUUUUCUCGAUCCAAAGGAAGAUUCCCCGGCAGGAAAGAUGUUGGCCAGAGGUCAGAUGUGUUAUCGUUGAUGGACAAAGUACAAUGACGCAACAUUAUUGUUUCAAGAGCUGAUAAAGGCCUGUGCGGCUACCAGGAAACUUUAAAGAGAUAGAUUUAUUUAAACAGCAAACUUUCUGUGCUGCACUGCAGUGACAGAGAUGAGAAAAUGACGAAUGCUAGAGGAAACAGUAUUAGGAUCGCCAUUGUGGGUGAAAGCAAUGUGGGAAAGACGAGUAUUUUACAAAGGUUCUGUAAAGGACUAUAUGGCCAAAGAAUACAAACUACGGUUGGGAUAGAUAAAUCGGAAUUUAGUUUCAGCGUUGGGGAGGACAUUGUUAGUACCAUUUUACUAGAUAUGGCUGGCGGUAACGAAUUCGUUCCUUUGGUUGCUUGUUUUUUGAGGCAAGUUGACGCUGUUGUUUUGGUUUAUGACAUAUCUGAUAAAGAAAGUUUUAUCACUUUGCCAACGUGGAACUCUUUGAUAAAAUCGACGAAUGCAUCUGACAAACUCGCAAAAAUACUAGUCGGUAAUAAAAAAGACCUUGCAAAAUAUCAAAGGGAGGUUCCUUUUAAAGCUGCGAAGAAUUUUGCAAAUUUUGAAGGAAUGGUUGCCUUAGAAGUUUCAGCAAAAAAUGAUGACAACAUAGACUUGCUGUUUCAUUGUAUUGCAAACGAGGUGAAGACGCUGCGUAGCACUGUGAAUGAUGACAGAAGGAAAAAGGCAAAAGAGAAGUCAUGGUCUCCCUUGGUACGAAACUUAAAGUCAAUCUUCAGCAGAGCUAGCAACUUUAAAUUUUAGCUUGAGAUCGUAUUUGUUAUUCAGUAUCUCAGUCUAAUAGAUUAUUGCUAUAUUUUAGCUUUUUCUGAUAAAUGCUAUUUAGAUAAAUUUUUAAUAAAUUUUUAUUUGAGAUAUGUUUGUAGUGGCACUAAUAUAAAAACUGAUGUAAAUAAAAUUGAAUGUUUAUAAGAUGGGUAAUAAAAGAUUGUUAUGUAUUUGUGUUAAAUAAAACUAUAUGAAACAGAAUCGUAUUUUGACAGCAGAGUAAACAAAUUAGGGCCUUGAUGAAAAUGCAGUAAAUCUUCCAGAAAGGGAUUUUUCCCACCAGUGAAAUGUUGAGCAUCUUGUUGCUAGUUGCAAGUUGCACGUAGCAGAUCACAAAAUAUCAUACCAGGUCGAAGAUGCUUCAUUCGUCCAUCUCAUUAUUUCAUGAAAAUCAACUCUAGUCAGUGAGAAACAAAUGUUGUAGGCACUCACGAUAACGCGGUCGAAGGCGAAAAAGCCGAAUCAGCUGCGCAGAAUCGCCUGUUUCGAAGUAGGCCGAGCUGGACUGCUCCUGUUUAUUGAUAUCAAUGGUGAUCAGACAAAACGGAGAGCGGCAAAAGGGCCUGACAACAUUAAUAUAUGUACGCUGUGCACAUUUUUCGUGGGAAUAAACCGCACACAGCUCACCUGUCACAGGAAUCAGUUCAGAUCCCAGUGGAAAAAUGCAAAGCAAUUUUCAUGAACAUGCAACGAGAGUUCUACAUAUUCGCACGCAAUGAACAAUCGUUGAUUAUAACAUUUCCAAGGUUCCAAACUACAAACAUCUUAAUGUUUGUUGAAACUUAGGCAACUUCACCCGAUUAUUAAUGUUAUCAGGAUGGUAAAAAUAUGUUAUUUGCACCAUUCUUUAUUAUUCAAUAUUUUUACUUUGCUGAUAAUUUAAAAGAAAUUUGAGUGUUUUUGAAAUUUUGUGGCAUCUUGCUAUUUUUACGUAUGAGAGUAGAAAUCGUAGUUUCGUUAAUAAAGGAAAAGACAAGUAAAUUCUGAAGUAAAGUAAAGAACAAGCUUCACUAAAAGAAUUUUUUUCAGGUUGUACUUUGUGUAUUGAAAUUAUAAGGAUUAAAGAUUUUUUCCGGGCAGAACAGAUAAAAAUUGUAAAGAAAGACACUAAUUUUAGAGCUACACUUCAAAAAUUACUUAUUCUGAUAUUUUCAACUUAUUUCGGUUAAUUUGAAAUAUCAUAUAACAUUUUAAACUUCUUCUUUCAUUAUAAUCUUGAUUAUGAACCCUUUUUACCUAAGUCAAUUAUAGACCCCCGGUCAAAAGUUAUCUGGGCCUAUUAUCAGAGUGACAGGGAAAACCCAGGCGAAGAGUAAAUGAAAAGGUUUGCUGUGUAAACUCAAUGGUGUUGCAUACUUUACUUACGCAAACAUCGACAUUAUGCCCCGCCUUCAACCAAGGGCCAAAAAUGUAAGAUUUGUUUAUUCUAUCGUUUAUCGAAGCAGAUCGCAUGCCUGUUUUUAUUAUGGUAAAAUGUUUUUCAAAUAAAUUAUCCUGCAUAACGUUUACACUUUAUAAAGGAAUAUACACCAGACAGAUAAUUGUUUAUCUUAAAGUUGCUUCAAAUAUGAUUAGCAAUAAUUGAUGAAAUUUUAUCGAUAGAAAAGCAUCAAAGUUUGCAGAUUUCUAAAUAAGCACUGGUUUUGAUUGCUGAUUGAGUUUGGAAAGGUUUUUGUCUAUAAAUAUUUUGAUGUUCAAGUGUAUGUUCAAGUAGCUUUGUUUAUUGAACCCAUCAAAUAUGCUUGGGUAUUACAGAGUUAAAGUUAGACCUUUCCUCUUGACAGUGCUAUCUAGUGCUUGAACAAGGAACGACUGUUGCUUUUGGGUAGAAUAUCUUUUCACACAGACUUCUUUCUUAAAGCUAGUUGUAAAUUCUAGGUGCGACCAUAUCUUUGUAAAAACUAGGUGCGACCAUCGGAAUUUAAGACAAGGAUCUGUUCUACAAAAUUUUCAUCAGAAGUAAUGACUUAGUUCUAGAUAAAAAGGUUGAAUAUUAGACAGGCUUUCAGACGAGACAGUUGUCAAUACGUUUUAAAGCAAAAGACAGGUUAAGAAUUUGACAGGAUGUAAGACCUUGUUUACAACAGAAACCUUGAUAAGUUUAUAGCAAAUCGAUCUCAUAGCAUUUCUAGUCUAUCGAGGUGAAUUCAGAAAAAACUGACAAUAAUCCGUUUCUUUUCAAUGUCUUUGCAUUGCACUAUAUGAAAUCAAUCCAGAAAACCAAGGAUUGAAACACUCGGCGCAGCUUGAAGAAAAAGACUUCUUGUGUUCUGUGUAACUGAAUAGCAGCGUUUAAUCUUCUUUACACUGACGGUGAAUGAAUUAAACAUGAUAAUUGUUUUGAUCAAGAUUACAGCUCAAGGACGAUAUUCGCUUUGUAAAACGUCAGCCUGCUCUUAGAAACACCUGCGUCUUAUUUAAAGAACUGACAAGUGGCUAAUGCGAUAGACAAUUGUAUGAUCUGAAUCAAUCUAUUUCUGUUGACUGACAGCUUAAAGUUUCUGCAAUACUUCGCAGUUUUGUAUUUCAAUAAUUCAUGCUUAAUAAUAUAUAUCAUAACUGAGUGCAGACGGGGAGACAAGGCAUGGCGAGUGUUCCAAAAAUCGUCCAUUUACAUCUUUAAUAACAUGUGCCAACCAACCCACCUAUGUGCAACAGCGGAGGAAAAUAGAGACAGAUCUUAUCUGCUACUGUAAUGAAUAAGGGUAACAUCGAUGCUCUUUUAAAAUAUAUUAUGAUAACUGCCAGAAAAUAAGGCCUAGAGAAAAAUGUCUGAUGGAAAAUAUCUAAAUCUUUAGGAAAGAAAAAUACCUCAGCAUUAAGAGUAGUCUUAGCUAGAUGAAAUAUUUUUUCUUUAUAGCUGUUCUAAGAGACAAGGUAUGCUAAAAUUGUUCACCUAGAAAUGGUUAUUUUCUAUUAACUUCAUAACCUCAAGAUUAUCACGUGCAAAAUGGUAUAAUUGUGAAUGAAAGGGCCUCCUUUCUACCGCUGUACCCUUUAAAUUUUCAUGAAUUUCAAAUCCUUAUUAAAACAUUUUUCUGAUAACUGUGCACAAACCUAAAUUUGAACAAGCAAUACGAUGUUCUCAUUAGAUAAACAAAGUAUCUUAGUAAUCAUAAUCUUGUAAACCAGAACUCCUUUAUGGGAUGGCUGUGACAUUACUGUUGACGAUAGCAGAUGCUUGGCAGUUACAGGAUGUCUGGUUAUACGAAAAGCUGUGAUAGAGUCGUCUAUAUAAAGUUAUCCUGCUUCUUAAAAGCUACAAUCCUUGACAAAAGUCCUUGGAACACCCUGCAGCCAAUAAAAGGUUUUGAUGAAAUAAAUGUUUUUGGCCGUAAGAUACAGAAAUAUCCCCCUCCCCCCAAACAAUGUUGGUUGUUAAGCCUAUUACUUACCCUAGCUGAUAAAGUGACAUUGGAUGAAUUUCAAGCUUUGAGACUGUUGUCAUUCAACAAUGUUUCAAAAGGGAGAGGGGAUGCUACUGAAGUUAUGCGAAAUUUCAGCUUAGUGUACCAAGACUUUUGGCAAGGAUUGUAGCUGGGCACCCAUCUACUUUACAUUCAUCUUUGCUGUGUCAUAAAAGAGCUCUAUGAUCUUUUGAAAAGAAAAUCGUUGAAUUUUAUUCUCUGAAAGCACUUAAACGAUUCUUUAGUAAACUGGUUGAUAAGAAAAUGCAUUCAGGACAAACAUAGUAAGUGCAUUCUGGAUGGUUCUUUUCGUUGCUUCCUGCUUCACACGGUUUAAAAUCAAGGCCUCUAUUCUACUUGCUAUCUUAAAUAGUGCAUUGCGAUUCUUUUUCUGGCGCAAAUAAAUACGGAGUCGCACAAAGGAAAAUAGCUUUGAUUAAACUUAGCAGUGAAUUCGGCACAAAUCUCUUUGACUAAGAAGUCCCAUGCCUUUUGUGCGACUACACUAAGCAACUUUCAAACAAACUUUAGCAUAUAUUGAUCAUUAUUGAAGACCAGAAAGCGACAUGUCUCGACGUCUCGUUUCAAUUCUUGAUAUAUGCUUUAACGAGACUCCACUUCCUAUGGCAUCCGAGUGAUCAGAUUAAAUAUCAACUUAUAGCCUAGCAAAAAUUUUUGAUGUUAAUUGAACAAAGAAAACAUUCAAUAAAGUCUACAAGAACACCUGUUCCAUCACCAAUAAAACAAUUAAGGGGGUUGGGUUGGCAAUCAUAGCCAUCUGAUAACUGAAGAUAUCUUUGUCGAUCCGCGGGCUGGUGAGCGAAGACUUGUGCGGGCACACAUUGCUUGACUAAGUACGAGUAACUACAGCAUUCUGCGAAAUGUACAGUUGGGAAAAUAAAGUGACAGAUCUGUAGUCACAUGCUUCAGUUAAUUGCUUGCUGGAAAAUGAUAACUCAUAGAGUAUGCCUUACCUUAUGGUAAGCAACAGAGUGUGACAGACAGUGUGGUGCAAGAAGAAACUGAGGCAAAAUGAAGAAUUUCGUGCUACCUAAGCCUUCAAAAGGAAAUAUUUGAAAAAUGAUUGUGGUUGUUCAGAAAGCCUGCUUCAAGAGUCAAGGAGAUAUUGCGAAGAAUACUUAAAUGACUUGAAGCAAACAAAAGCCAAACGUCUUUGCAUAGCCUCGAUCUGGUCUUUCUCAGCAAUGCUAAGCAACAUUACUUCAAAUGCAGAUCUUAUAAUCAAAAUUAAAAUUGCAACACAUUCAUAAUACAUUAUGCAAAAUAUAUAACAGAUAUGGCCUAAUAAAAAAGCAUUGCCGUACCAGAAGGCUCGAUAACUGAUCACAUAUUCUCAAAAGAAUUGAUUUUACUGCAAUGACGUCACAGUUUUUCAUCAAGUAUGUCAUUUCAAAAAACAUUAGUUGAAAUGUUUUCAUGAAAUUGAAUCAUUUAUAUCAGGAUGAAAAUGAUCAUCAAACAAUCAUUUUGCUCUGAACUUCAAAUAUUGCUAUAGCACUCUGAUAAAUUGUUUUUAUUGAAACAGCCAGGUUUGGUUAGGUAAAAUCGAUGGUUGUGGUAUGAAACCAAAUGACGUCAUUGCUGGGAGAAAGUUUCAAUCUACAUUGCAUCAAAAUCCUAACUGUGUAAAUCUAAAAUUAGCUUUCAAAGUUCAUUCCUUUCUUUCCAUUUAAGCAGCGUUUAUCAUUCCCAUGCAUAAUCCUAAUAAACAAGAAUGUUCCAAUCACUUUGUUAGAUAUCAAUCGGCGUGUUCUUCAAUAGCUAAAGUAGACUUGGAUAUUCUUUCGAGAUUAAACACGCUAAGUUUCAAAACUAUGAUUAGCUCCGGUUUCUAGAUAUUGCAACUAACGUUAAUUAGGAGUUAUUAAAAAUAGGAAGCUUUUUGGCGGCCUUCGCGACAUAGCAGCUGCGUAUCGUCAUUAAAAUCAACGUGGAAUAGGCCAGUUUCUCUUUUACCUGUUUAAUUUCCAGAGGAAUUAACAGCAAGCAAAACUGUUUCUAAUAAGCGCUUUGAGCCGCCAUGUCGCGUCCAGUCCAUUUCAGACAACGAUAGACGUUUAUCGAUGCAUAUUAGAAUUAAGGGCAGCAAUGAUACUUCAUAUAGACUGAUUUUGAGGAUCUAUUCGUCUAAAAUUGUUAUUUGAAUUACAAAAAUUUUGCAAACAGUUUAUAGAACAUUAUUGAGGUGUCAUUGCCUCAGCGAGAGAUAAAAUUAAUCCCUCUUAUAGAUUUUGAUGACUUUCUUCACAUAACUGUUCCUCUGUUCCUGCUGAUUUUGGAUCUCAUAAUGUCGAUAGAGGUUAUUACUAUGUUGCUCUGGUUCAAAUGUUAGAUUUUCAAAGGCUGAACUUGAGGCUGCCUCGUGACUUAAAAAUAGCAUUUAAAGAUUAAAACUUCAAAACAUCCAAUAAAGUUGCAACAAUAAAACCGUAAUUAAGUUUAAUAAGAUUACCAAGGCUCAUACUUCUGCAAGAAAUUCUCUUAGCCCUGAAGCUGCGGUUUUUAAUUUCAUAAAGUUUGCAGUAAAACUCCAGUAGUAGAUUUGUUUUUUCGCCAUAGUUUCAUCUAAUUUCUCUUUUAUAACAUUGUAUUUACAUUAACAACCUUAGAGUAGAAAAACCUUUGAAUCUAGCUUUAACAAUCAAACUGUCUAUCGUAGCUUCAUACAGUCAAGAAUCUGCCAUGAAAAAGUUCAAUUUACCGCUACAAUCUUCGUCAGCAACAUCACUCCACAAACAUUCUUAACUAAAUGCCCAGCAGACAGGACAA